GGAUACAUGCAGAUAUGGAACGUGUGGUGGAGAUGGCAAAUAACGGUGGUUUCUCCCUCGCCGGCCCCUCCACCACUCCCCGCAAGCGACAGGUGCGAUUCUCCGCCCGCCACGACAUCCUGCUGCUCCGUGAGGUCAUUGCUCAGAACCCGUUCUGUUCCAAGGAGUCGGGUCGUAUCUGGGCCCGUGUCGGGGAGAUCAUCACUGCUGCCCUGCAGGACGAGAGCUUCGAGGUGGACGCCCGGCGUUGCAGGGAGAGGACCAUGCUGCUGCUGGACUACUACAAGAAGCAGGACUUCCCCAGCCUACGCAGGUUUGGGACAGAGAGGCUGUAUGCCCAGAAAGAAGACCUACUCCAUGAGGUGUUGGAGCUGGAGGCAGAGAAGGGUCUUCUGGCCAGCGGAGAGAGUAAGUACCAGGAUGAGGAACUCAGGAAACGAGCCUUGGAAGAGCUGGCUAGUCAACCAGAGCAGGACAAACCCAUCAUUAUCUCCACACAAACAGGACAACCCAAAGUCCCCACGACCCCAGAGCCCGAGGAGCAGCAGGAGAACCUGGCGGAGCUCUCGCUAGUCUCUGCGGCGCCCAUGGCCAAGCAGCCUUGCCAAUGCUGCUGCCAGACCUACUCAGAGAUCCUCAGCUUCCUGGAGAAGCGCUCGGAGGCGGAACAACGACUGCGGGAGGAGGAGUUGUUGCUGAGGAGGGAGGAGCUAGAGAUCCAGAGGAGUAAAAUCACUCUGGAGAGAGAGAGGCUGGGGGCGGAGAGGAAGGAGAGGGAGAGGAGGUUUGAGCUGGAGAGCCAGGAAAGACAGGUCAUAUUGGACCUGCUAAAGGAGAAGGUGCUCAAAGGAUGAGAGGAUUGAUGGGAUGGUGGAGGGGGGCAGGUGAGGGGCUGAAGGAACCCUAGGUGUAUGGUGUGGAUGUAACAUUAUAACUUCUGUCCCCUCACCCCUACCUGGGCUCGAACCAGGGACCCUCUGCACACAUCAACAACUGACACCCACGAAGCAUCGUUACCCAUCGCUCCACAAAAGCCACGGGCCUUGCAGUGCAAGGGGAACAACUACUCCAGGUCUCAGAGAGAGUGAUGUCACCCGAUUGAAACGCUAUUAGCGCGCACCACCGCUAACUAGCUAGCAAUUUCACAUCGGUUACAUGGACAUAACAUUAAGACGUUGGGAGGGUGGUACUACCUCUGGAUCGCACCCUCUGCCCCUUGUUCUACGCAAAUGGCCUUAGUGAAGGAAUCUGCUGUGACACCCAUAUAUAAGUGUGGAGAUCCAUGCCUAGCAUUGAGCUAAACUGAAUGACCGCAUUCCACAAGGACACUGACACACUGACAAAAAAAUAGGUAGCAUAUCCUCACACUGUACAUACCCACACAUUAUCUUAUUAAACAAAUCCUUUGGUGAUAGAAUAAUAAGCUGUUCGUCAAGGGUAAUUUUUGUAGUGAAAAGACAAAAUUGCCAGCAAUUCUCCCAAUGUCAAUUAACUCUUUAGUCAAUUCAUGACUUUGUGGUCAUUAUUAUGAAGCUGUUCCUGCUGAAAAUUAAAGAUAGUACUUACGUAACCUCCUAAUGAUUUUGAAACUGUAUUUGUUAAUUGAGGAAAGAGUAUAGAAAAUGUUCAUUAGGCAAGUUAGAUUUCUAGGAAAUAUGACAAAGUUGUAACAAUUUUUUAUUUUAUUUGUAUUAUAUUAAAUUAUACAUGACCU